UGUCGGCGGCGCUCGGCUCAUUCCGCCGCUCCGCUCCGCUCCGCUCGCGCACGGCCCGACCGGAGGACGCGCCGACACAUCCAGACCGGAGGACCCAGCCCAGGAGGACCGUGCAGGACCGGGACCAGGACCAGGACCAGGACCAGGAACGGAGGCUCCGGGUUGAACCAUGCCGUCAGUCCCGUCGACCAAAGAGUCCAUGAAGGCGCCGGUGUGUCCGCACGCCGGCAAGCUCAUCAACGGCGACGCCAAGUUCCCGCUGAACGGCGUGGACAAGCUGAGCUCUGCCGUGGACCCCGAGGACGCCAAGCGCUCCAUCCAGAUCACUGCCUCCACCAAGAGCGUCUCGCCCGACAGGAAGUGGAUCCGCCCCGACGCCCCCAGCCGCUGCACCUGGAGUCUGGGGGCGUCCAGGACCGACUCCCCCCACACACCCGUCCCCAAGAGGGUUCCUCAGGCCAUCCUCCCCACCAUCCUGGACCGGAUCGGAGACACCCCCAUGGUCCGCAUCAACAAGAUCCCCAAAGCCUUCGGGCUCAAGUGUGAGAUCUUGGCGAAGUGUGAGUUCUUCAACGCCGGCGGCAGUGUGAAGGACCGGAUCAGUCUGAGGAUGGUGGAGGACGCUGAGAGGGAAGGUCUGCUGAAACCUGGAGACACCAUCAUUGAACCCACGUCCGGAAACACCGGCAUCGGCCUGGCCCUGGCUGCUGCCGUGAAAGGAUACCGCUGUAUCAUCGUCAUGCCGGAGAAGAUGAGCAUGGAGAAGGUGGACGUUCUGAGGGCUCUCGGGGCAGAGAUCGUCCGCACGCCCACCAGCGCCCGCUUCGACUCGCCCGAGUCCCACGUGGGCGUGGCCUGGCGCCUGAAGAACGAGAUCCCCAACUCGCACAUCCUGGACCAGUACCGGAACCCCAGCAACCCGCUGGCGCACUAUGACAGCACGGCGGAGGAGAUCCUGGAGCAGUGCGGCGGUAAAUUGGACAUGCUGGUGGCCGGGGCGGGGACGGGCGGGACCAUCACCGGCAUCGCCCGCAAGCUGAAGGAACGCUGCCCCAACAUCAAGAUCGUAGGAGUCGACCCUGAAGGGUCCAUCCUGGCAGAACCCGAGGAACUCAACAAGACGGACAAGACGCAGUACGAGGUGGAGGGCAUCGGGUACGACUUCAUCCCCACCGUGCUCGACCGAUCGGUCAUCGACACCUGGUACAAGUCCAACGACGAGGAGUCCUUCAACAUGUCCCGCAUGCUGAUCAGAGAAGAGGGCCUGCUCUGCGGAGGCAGCUCCGGCACGGCCAUGGCGGCCGCCGUCAAUGUGGCCCGGGAGCUGAAGGAGGGCCAGCGCUGCGUGGUCAUCCUGCCGGACUCCAUCCGGAACUACAUGUCCAAGUUCCUGAGCGACAAGUGGAUGGUGCAGAAGGGCUUCCUGCGGGAGGAGGACCUGAUGGUGAAGAAGCCGUGGUGGUGGAACCUGAAGCUGCAGGGCCUCAACGUGUCGGCGCCGCUCACCGUGCUGCCGUCCGUCAGCUGCCAGAGGACCAUCCAGAUCCUCAAGGACAAGGGCUUCGACCAGGCCCCGGUGGUGGACGAAGCGGGGCUGAUCCUGGGCAUGGUGACCCUGGGGAACAUGCUGGCCUCCAUCCUGGCGGGGAAGAUCAAGCUGUCGGACCCGGUCAGCAAGGUCCUCUACAAGCAGUUCAAGCAGAUCCGGCUGACUGAUAACUUGGGGAAGUUGUCUCGGAUCCUGGAGACGGACCACUUCGCUCUGGUGGUUCAUGAACAGAUUCAAUACCUGACGGACGGCAGCCCCAGCCUGAAGCAGAUGGUGUUUGGCGUGGUGACGGCCGUGGACCUGCUGAACUUCGUGACGGGUCGGGAGAGGAGGGAGCGCUCCAUGUCGGAGUCCACCGACGAGAUGUGACCUCGGCCCGGCCGAGACCCAGGACCCUGGACCCGGGACCCUGGACCCGGGACCCACUGUGUACUUAGUUUUACAUGAAGAGAGGCGACGGGGGGACGGAGGCGCAUCGCAUGGCGUCCACACCCACAACCAGACCAGCUGAAUCCAAUGUGCAAUCAGAGUCAGUGAGACAGCGGCAGGGGGAGGGGCUGUGAGGCAGGGGGAGGGGCUGUGAGGCAGGGGGAGGGGCUAUGUGACAGGGGGAGGGGCUACGUGGCAGCUUGAGCCGCCACAACAGCUGCCUCUGGCUUUGACAGGUUUUCCACAUCUGCCACAGGUUCAGCAACCUGCCACAGGACCGGGGGACUUCUGCAAUAAAAAGGAUGUUCUGGUCCUGGUCUCUGACUCAGAAGGGUGCUGGACUGAACGCCGUGCGCCGCCGUCCUCGGCUGAGGGAACACCGCGGUGUGUUAUUUUGAAGUGUUGGGUUGACUCUUUCCUUUCCUCUCCAUGAUCGAUUCCUCUUGAGUCUUAGGGUUUGCUAGGCACUGAGCUUGGUCUCUGUCUCGGUCCGGCCCUCAGAGGGCGGGCCGCGUCCCCGCUUGGUGCGUCCGGCCAGUGAUUGUAUCACCGUUGCCUUGUGGAUUAGAACCCCAGACCCGCCCUGUAUAUACGCUGAUUCUUCUUUUAGUGUUGCUCAUUUUGUUGGCUGCUUUUUUAUCUGUGAACGACGCACAAAGACGAGGUGGAGGACGAGCUGCUGUGUGGCGGACGGCGUCCGGAGGAGUCCAGCCGGGACCUUCCUCCAGGACCACGGCGUCCGGAGGAGUCCAGCCGGGACCUUCCUCCAGGACGUCCUCUUUUGGGUUCUCCAGACCAUCAAUAAAGCUGAGAGAUUUCAACAACUGCUGCUUCGCUGUCUUACUUCACAUGAGGGAAGAAAGGCUGUGUGUGUAUAGGACAACUCUGAUU